AUGGACGAGUCUGAGCCAGUACGCCAGAUCUACGACCACAAAGAUCUGGCCGAGUUUUUGGAGUCAUCUGCAUUCCAAGACAUCUGGGACUUUGUAGAACGACUGAACUGCAGCGUUCGUGGUCUCUCGGGGGACGCCCUAGCCGGGCCCCGAGUUCCGGCCACUAGCCUGGUUACCGCGGAGCUCGCUGCUUUGAAAGAGUUAGCAGCGGAGGUUGAACUGCUUCCGGCGGAAACUGGACGCUUCGGAAACCGAGCUUUUCGGACGUGGUUUUCACAGCUGCAGGAGCGUACGCCGCGUUUUACUGAAGAGCUGCUUGUCAAAAGCGAUCAAACCAAACGAUACGGCCCCGACCUGCAAGCAUACUUUUUGGGCGCGUUCGGGGACCCGAUGCGAAUAGAUUAUGGCACAGGACACGAGGCCUCUUUUCUGCUGUUUAUGUUCUGUCUGCACCGUCUGCAUCUCUUCCGAGCUGAGGACUUUCCCGAACUGGUGCUCAGUGUAUUCCCUGCGUAUCUAGCCACGACGCGGUACCUUCAGCAGCGCUUUACCCUGGAGCCCGCAGGAUCGCACGGCGUAUGGGGACUUGACGACUACGUUUUCCUUCCGUUCUUGUUUGGUUCUUCGCAGCUGAUCGGAAAAGAUACGGAGGUACCACCAGUGGCAGCUCGCGACCGAGAGCUGGUGCUCGAACUCGCACCGAAGUAUUUGUACUUUGACACGAUCCGCUUCAUCCUGGAAACGAAGAGAGGUCCAUUUGCGGAACAUUCGCCAACCUUGUACGACAUCAGCGGUCUAGAAAACUGGUCACGGAUCAACGCUGGUCUGUUGCGAAUGUACAAAGCGGAGGUAUGGUCGAAGCUCCCCGUUAUCCAGCACAUUCCGUUCGGUAUCUUGAUUCCUUUUCGAUCGGCAGCACGGACGUCUACAGAGCGGCUUCCAGCGGGAUCCUGA